GUUAUCUUUUUGUUAGAGAACAACUUCACGUAUAAAGACAUGGCUCUAAUGCUUGGGGUUAGCAAGCGAACUAUUGAAAACCGUAUGGCCGAGUACGAGUUGACGAACAAGUCCCGCUACAGUGACAUAGAGGACGAUUUCCUGGAUUCUUUAAUCCAGCGUAUCAUGACAAAUUUCCCUAGAUCGGGUAAGUAAGUCUUCAUAGAAAUUUUGAGGUUGUGGCCGGUCAUGUUCAGUCAAAAAAUAAAGAUUUUUUUGCCCUUAGCUUGGUAAAGAACAGUUUGAGAACCAGUACAUAAUGACGCAACAAUUUAUUCCUCUGGAACUAGACAUGAUAAACAUCUGAAUUGGGAAAUUUUCUCGUUUGCCUUUAUUUCUUUCAGAUUGCAUAAGUUAAUUAAACCUUUUCGGCCGAUACGCGUUAUUGCUUGAACACCUCAAGAAACGUAGACAUUAUCACACUUAGCAAACGCAAACAUGCUUCUUUUAGUAUAGACGUACACUCGAGACCGUUUCUGAAAAUCCCGUACGCUGUUCUCUUCCAGUAUGUUGAUUCAAAACGUAAUCAAGUUACAGGCAAGAGCUUUUAAGCCUGCCGUAGUGUCAACACAAAAUUUUGCAUAUUGGAAACACACUUUAUAUCCUCUAAACAGAGAAUUCAAGAAAGCACGACAAGUGGCAUUAGCUUCACUACUGUGUCACAGGGUGCUUGAAAUUAAAACCCUUAUUUUUGUUGACAGGUUGCAAAACAAUCGAGGGUUACCUUGUUUCGCAAGGUGUACAUGUGCAGAGGUGGAGACUAAGGAGUGCCAUAAAGAGAGUCGAUCCCAUGGGCAGGAGGCUAAGGUCUAUGAAUGCCAUCCGUAGACGAGUGUAUAACGUACGUUCCCCUCUGGCCCUCUGGCAUAUGGACGGGAAUCACAAACUGAUACGGUAGCUGUCACUUAUCUCACUAUUUUGAUGACAUAAUUGUUGUUAUAAUUCAGGUCUCAAUAACUUUGUACCAUUUGUUUUAGGAGUAACCUCCUCCCCCCCCCUCCCCCCUUCAUAUACUUUCGGUUUACCACUCUAUUCCUUCUCUUUUUAGAUGGCGAUUCGUGGUUCACGGCUGUAUUGACGGUUACAGUCGCUCCGUCGUUUAUCUUAAGUGCGAUACGAAUAACACGUCUGUCACAGUCUUGCGUCUCUUUGAGGGUGCGGUGUCUGAAUGGGGAUUGCCAUCACGAGUCAGGGGCGACAUGGGAGUUGAAAACAGAGACGUGGCACACUACAUGUUGAACCAUACAGCAAGAGGGCCCGGAAGAGGGAGUUACAUCACCGGACGAAGCGUGCACAACUCGCGUAUAGAAAGACUCUGGCGCGAUGUGUACCAGUUAGUCCUAUCCUCAUUUUACGACCUUUUCCUUUCUCUCGAAGCAGGCGGUCAGCUCGAUCCGGACAACGAAGGGCAUCUAUUUUGCCUUCACUUCACUUAUCUCCCAAUAAUCAACGAGGCCCUUUCAAAAUUUGUGCUAUCCUGGAAUAAUCACAAAAUACGUACUGCAGGAAACAAAAGUCCUUUACAACUGUUCAUACUAGGGAUGCAAGAAAUUGCGGAAGAAAGUGGUAUUGUGGCAUCAGAAUACUUUCAAAACCUUAGUCAGGUAAACGCAAUAAUGCAUAUGACAGACACAGUUCCCCAAGCAUUAAAGCCACACGGGUGAACCAUCUCAAGUGGCCUCUACUAAAUAUUGAGUUUUAAUUAACCACCCCUUCAAUUUAAAUAUAGAUGACGAUCGAAACGAUGCCAAGAUUCCUUGCUUGCAAAGUUAAUUUAAGGCAGUCAUAACCAAUGCUUUGCGGUAUUUGAAUCUCCUUUCAACUAUAUUUCAGAGGGACUUGGAGGGAUACGGUGUGGAUCCUACGGCUUACUUUCAUGACGGCACAGAUGAUGCACUACAGAAUGAGGUUGUCGUCCCACCGACACGGUGUCCGUUAGAUGCUGAUUCGUUUACGAUUUUUAAGGCAAGCAUGUCAGAAGUUCAAGGCGAAGAUUCAUUGGACAUUACACCAUAUCUGCAUGCACUGGAAACGAUGAAUCGUCUGAAAACCUAG